UAUGUUAGUCUAUGAUAUCACCAAUGAAAAGUCGUUUGAAAACAUUCGGAACUGGGUCAGGAACAUUGAAGAGCACGCCUCUCCAGAUGUUGAAAAAAUGAUCCUGGGGAACAAAUGUGAUGCAAAUGACAAAAGACAAGUUUCCAGAGAGCAAGGGCAGAAGCUCGCCGCCAGUUUUGGAAUUAAAUUUAUGGAGACCAGUGCAAAAGCCAACAUCAACAUCGAGAACGCAUUUUUCACUCUUGCAAGAGAUAUCAAAGCAAAAAUGGACAAGAAGUUGGAAGGCAAUAGCCCACAAGGCAGCAACCAGGGAGUCAAAAUCACACCAGACCAGCAAAAGAAAAGCAGCUUUUUCCGAUGUGUUCUUCUGUGAGGGACACGGCCUUAAUCUGAGUGUGUGCUCAGCCCAGCUGGACUGUGCCUGUGCUGGCUGAGCUUCCCUCUCUGCGGACUUGGCGUUUCCAACGUACCUUGUCACUUUGUGACCAGCUGGAAAAGAGACUCUUUAUUUUAGUAAUUGUCUGACUCUUCAAUUUUGGAGAAGAAACACGUUUAUUUUUGUCAGGUUGCCACUGGACGUGCGUGUGGUCUGGCAGAGGGAGUGCAGAGCAGGUGUGACCUGUGAGAAAGCAUCUUUGCUGACAGGCUUCAAUCUUUUUUGUUCAUUUCUGUAACGGAUCCAAAUCAGAAAGAUUGAGUUAUGAUCAAAAUAAGGAACUGAGAUGCCAACAAUAAAGUCCAGG